GCACGAUUCCCUCCCCCCCCAGAGGAAUCGCCGCCGUUGUCUAGGCGACGAAAGAUGGCGGCUGUGGCUGAGGCUGCGGGCGGCUACAGCUUGAGGCCCAACUUCCAGCACAGGUUCCGAAAGGCGACCGUGGGGGAAUGCAUCCAGCAGGUGCUGAAGGAGACGCUGGACGGCAAACAGUACGAUGGGGACGAGUCGCCCACGCUCACCCGCACCGUGGGCGACGCCAUACGCGAGCGACUCAAGGAGCUGAACUAUGACCGCUACAAGACGGUGGUGCAGGUGGUGAUCGGGGAGCAGCGGGGAGAGGGCGUGAGGAUGGUGGCGCGUUGUCUGUGGGACUCGGACACGGAUAACUACGCGCAGCACACGUACUCCAACGAGUCGCUGUUCUGCAUCGCUGUCGCAUUUGGAUGCUUCUACUACUGAGCGAUGGUUGGAGGUGUGGUGGCGGGGGAGCAGCCGAUCCCACUCAACCACUCCACAACCCAUCUACCCAACCACUCCACAACCCAUCUACCCAACCACUCCACAACCCAUCUACCCAACCACUCCACAACCCAUCUACCCAACCGCUCAACCACUCCACAACCCAUCUACCCAACCACUCCACAACCCAACCACUCCACAACCCAUCUACCCAACCACUCCACAACCCAAC